AACUAUUUAGCAAACUUAAAUUGUGCGUUUUGGAAAACCUUUUUGGCGUAGGGAUUGGAAGUGCAAUUUUCCUGAAAGUAAUUUUGAUAAAAGGAAAAAAAGCUUCCAAUCAACACAAACCUUCAUUUUUUCGAUUACAGUUCAGUUCUCGAUCGAACACAAAAAUCCUUCGGUUCUUCUUCUUCUUCUUCUUUCUUGUUCGAUUGGGAGGUUGAGGGCGCAUAGAAUAAACAAUCCUUUUUCUGGGGUUCUUAUUGAUUAAUUCAAUAUGGCGCACCCGUUGCAGAAGACCAUGUCGCGUGCGAGAUCCAGGCGGAUUGUACUGCCUCCGGUUCAAGAGCAUAUUUAUAAAAUAGAAGAAGUUAUUGAAGAGGGUGAUUACUACGGAGCUCAACAGAUGUACAAAACUGUCGGUGCAAGAUAUUUAGCUGCAGAAAAGUACUCAGAAGCCUUGGAUAUUCUUCAAUCUGGGGCAUGCACCCAAUUGAAACUUAAGCAGGUUACUUGCGGAGCAGAGCUUGCUGUGUUAUUCGUGGAGACACUUGUUAAAGGCCAAUUUCCUUAUGAUGAUGAUACUCUUGAUCGUGUUAGGAAAAUUUAUAAAAAUUUUCCUCAGAUUCCAUUACCUCUACAGUUGGGGGAAGAUGAUGAUGUGCAACAACUUUCGGAAGCACUUGGUGCGGCAAAAACACGUGUAGAAGGAUGUUCCUCCUUUCUGAAAGCAGCUCUAAAGUGGUCUAUGGAGUUUGGAUCGCACAGGAAUGGAUCUCCAGAAAUUCAUGUGAUGCUUGCUACAUAUAUAUAUUCUGAAUCACCAGAAGUGGACAUGGCCAAAGUAUCAUAUCACUUUGUUCGAGGAAAUAACCCCAAGGAGUUUGCUUCUAUAUUAGUGAACUUUAUGGGCAAGUGUUAUCCAGGUGAAGAUGACAUGGCUAUAGCACGGGCAGUUUUGAUGUACUUGUCUCUUGGUAAUCUAAGGGAUGCUAAUCACAUCAUCGAUGAGUUAAAGAAGAGAGAAGAAAGUGAGGGACUUGAGUUUCCUGAUUCAGAAUUGAUGGAGUUCAUCAUGUAUCUUUUGCUAACGUUGCAGAGAGAUGCUUUGCCACUUUUCAAUAUGCUGAGGGCAAAUUACAAGCCAAGUAUAGAGAGAGAACCUGCCCUGAAUGAGUUUCUUGAUGAGAUUGGAGAGAAGUUCUAUGGAGUACGGCGCAGAAAUCCCUUGCAAGGGAUCUUCGGAGAUUUCUUGAAGAUGAUGGGCUGAUGACGAGCGGCGAAUAGUGAGGUCCAGUUGAUUGCUGCCACCAGUUGACUGGUUCAGCUCCUCUGCUUCUGUGGUUCUUUAUGAAGGUGGAAUUGCAUAACCACAUGUUGGGCUUGUUCCCAAAAUUAGGUCAUGUGUCUCCUUUUUCUUUUUUGCAUCCACUAUUUGUUAUUGUUAUAUAAGUUACAUUUUUCUUCUUCAACAUUGAUGAUCACUUGACUCUUCAUUAUGAACUUUAUCGUUCAGAAACUUCUCUCUUGGGGAAGCA